ACUACGUGGUGGUAUGCCCUUAAGGUCAAAUGACGCCUUAACACCACACCUGUCCUUUUUAGCAGAAGUGUUACGUUACCUGUUCAUGGCAACCCUUUUUUUGUCAUGUUUACUUUAAGUCCGAACGGGAGAUACUUGUUUCAAAGGCCUUUGUGUAGUGUCGACAAAACGUGACGACUUAUUCAGUCCGAUGCAUUUCGGUAGACGUUCGGCUAUACCUACGUCUUCGGGGAGGAAGCUCAUUUAAACCAAGCGAACGAUCGCCAUUUCCUGGUGGAUAGACAGACUAUUUGGAAUACCUUCAUCUUUUGAAAGUCAGAGGAAAACGUGAUUGACACAGAGGAGAGGUAAAUUAGCUGAGAAAACAUGCACGGAAGGUGGCUUCUUUGCUGCGCCAUUUUGGUCGCCAUCUUGAAAGGAUGUUGUGGGUUGUCCUUGGAGGCCGAUCUCAUCACACAUCUGCUGAACGGCUACAACAGGGAAGCCCGGCCGGUGGAAGACGCCUCCCAGGCCGUGCAAGUCUCACUGGACAUGGCGCUGGCUCAAGUCAUUGACGUGAAUGACAGAGAACAACUCAUCACAAUCAACGUGUGGCUGAGACAUUAUUGGUACGACGAACAUUUGAAAUGGAACUCCUCUGACUACGGAAACAUCACCUCCAUACGACUGACCAGUACCAACAUUUGGUUACCGGACAUCGUCUUAUAUAACAACGUGUUUGACGAAGGAUUCGCCCAGCAGCCUGAGGUCAAAGCCAUCGUGAACUCUGACGGCUACGUGACGUAUCUGUACCCGUUCACGUUCAAGGCCUCCUGCCUCAUCAACGUCGAGUUCUUCCCGUACGACCAGCAGGCCUGCCCGCUCAAGUUCUCGUCAUGGGCCUACGACGGCUUCUCAUUGAACGUUACCAAUAGGGGUCCAAAUGGCGACUUGUCCAAUUUCAUCAGAAACGAAGAAUGGAGCAUCACGGAACUUCGGGCAAUAAGAAGCGAGGCCUAUUACAGCUGUUGCCCGGAGCCUUACCCUGACGUCACGUUUUACAUCAUCAUGAAGAGAGAGUCGCUGUACUACCUGUACUACGUGGUGGCGCCGUGUAUCAUUAUCCUGAUCAUCAGCCUGUUGAGUUUUGCGAUGCCCCCCGACUCGGGCGAGAAGCUGUCCCUCAGCACCACCAUGCUGCUGGCUUUGGUCGUCUUCAUGCAGAUCGUGGCCGAGAACCUGCCGACAACAUCCAGAUACAUCCCCUUCAUAGGGAGGUACUUCGGAGCCAUCAUUGCGAUAGUGUCCCUGUCGUCUAUGCUGAGUAUCUGGAUCCUGUCCUUCCACUUCACCAACCCCAACCCCAAACCUCCGCCCACCUGGCUCAAGCGGCUGCUGCGGAUGGAGAGGAGGGACGAGUGGGCGGAGUGGUUCUUCUGUGGCUGCUGCAGGGCGGUACAGGCCCGGUCAGGCUUCAAGAUCAGGCGCCUCAGCGAGAGGUCAACUUCCUCAGACGUGAACCUCAAGAAACAGAACAGACCAAAAUCCAACAAGGUGUCUCCCAUGCCGUCUCAGCAGAACGGGAACGCCUUCCCCCACGAGCGGCAGACCAAGGUCCCGCCGCUGGUCACCAACAGCGACGCCGCCCUGCUGGAGAAGAUCGACACCAUCAUCACCGAAAUCCGCGACACCAGGGAGGAAAGAGAGGAGAAGGAGCGGGAAGAAGCCAUCGUGAACGAGUGGAAAGAAGUGGCCGCACGCCUGGACAGAUGUCUACUCGGCGUCUUCUUCGUGGUCUCCGUUCUUGUCAAUGCUACUAUGACUUACACCAAUAGAGUUAGUAGCAGUCAGUUACCUAAUCCGUAAGCCUGAAAAUGGAGUUGAUGUAACAAAACCAUGAGCGGGCACUUUAUAGUUGCUGUCUUGAAUAUGGGUGUGAUUCUCCCAAUACAUCUGGAGAUGUUUGGUGUACCAAAUUGUCAGCUGUUUUUGCUGAUAGAAAGUCGGUACCCUUGUCGGCAUUGUCACAUGUUAAACAAUGCACGGUGCAUUGAGGCAACGAAUACAGCUUCGUAAACAACAACAAACUUGAACUUUGCUGUUCUGUGAACAUCUGUGUUGGUACAAGUCAUUAUGAAAUAAAGACUAAGCUUUAACUUCCAACACUUAGACUACAGAAAUGGGACUUGCCCCAAAUU